AUGGCACGCAUGGGAGACAAGGUGGCAGCACGUCAGGCGGCUAUUGAAGCUGGUGUGCAGGUAGUUCCUGGAACCCCAGGACCAAUUACUACGGCGGAAGAAGCUGUCGAGUUCGCCAAGCAGUAUGGAACUCCCAUUAUCUUGAAGGCUGCUUACGGUGGUGGAGGGCGCGGCAUGCGCAGAGUUGACCACGUUGAAGAAGUUGAAGAGUCGUUCCGACGCGCUUUCUCCGAGGCGCAAGCCGCUUUCGGAGAUGGAUCGUUAUUCGUGGAGAAGUUUGUGGAGCGACCUCGUCAUAUUGAAGUACAACUUUUAGGAGACAAUCAUGGAAAUCUUGUCCACCUGUACGAGCGAGACUGUUCUGUGCAACGACGGCAUCAAAAGGUAGUGGAGAUUGCUCCAGCUCCCGCAUUGUCGGAAGAUGUACGAGAAAAAAUACUGAACGACGCUGUACGCCUUGCCAAGCACGUCGGUUACCAAAAUGCAGGUACCGUAGAGUUCUUGGUUGACCAAAAAGGCAACUACUACUUCAUCGAGGUGAAUGCUCGGCUACAAGUAGAGCACACCGUAACCGAGGAAAUUACCGGAGUGGACCUUGUGCAAGCUCAAAUAAGAGUAGCCGAAGGAAAAACGCUAGCUGAUCUCAAGCUGACUCAGGAUCUUAUAAUACCUCAUGGAUCUGCUAUUCAGUGUCGUGUCACCACGGAAGAUCCUGCACGAGGCUUCCAGCCAGACUCAGGCAGAAUAGAGGUAUUCCGAUCUGGAGAAGGUAUGGGAAUUCGCCUUGAUUCGGCUUCCGCAUUCGCUGGCUCCAUAAUCUCUCCCUUCUACGACUCCCUUCUUGUGAAGGUCAUUGCAUCCGCUCGUAAUCACUAA